AUGUCGGAGCUCAUAGACCUUGUCGAACGUCAGUGCCGUCGUUGGCUUGAGGCCCAACGAAAUGUUCAGGACAGCACCUCGAAUCGCCCUUUCAUCGUGGGUAUAUCGGGCCCUCAGGGGAGCGGUAAGACCACGUUGACUCGGGAGCUUGAACAGCGGUUGGCUCGAUCAUCCACCCCUCUGACAGCUGUAAGCCUGUCCUUGGACGACUUUUACCUCACGUACGAUGAGCAAGAGGCGCUGGCAGCGAAGAAUCCAGAAAACGAUUUGUUGCGGUAUCGGGGCAACCCGGGGACACACGACGUUCCGCUGGCGAUGAAGACUUUAAAUGCGCUUGUGGCCGCGCAUACCGACGUACGAAUCCCGCGAUAUGAUAAGGGCCUGCGAGCUGGACGGGGCGAUAGGCUACCAUUUGAGCAGUGGGACGCCGUGAGCCCACCGUUUGAUGUGGUUCUUCUUGAAGGAUGGUGUGUGGGCUUCGAGUGCAUGGAGGAGGGCGCCUCUCUCGAACCAUUACGUCUGGAUCCUUUCAUCGAUCCUCCAAUUGCCACACUGCUGCCUCACGUUACUAAGUACCCGAGCGCCCACAUUCAACUGCUCAACGAAUAUCUACGCAAAUACCAUGCAUUGUGGAAGUGGCUUGAUGUGCUUGUGCAUAUAUGCGCUUCUGACAUUAACGAUGUGUACUUGUGGAGAAAGCAGCAAGAGGAGGCCUUGAGGAAGUCGGCCACGCACGGACGGGGCGGGCUCAGCGAUUCCGAAGUGGAAGACUUUGUUGAUCGCUUCAUGCCUGGUUACCUGAUUGGGCUGAGGUCUCUGCAGCUAAGCGUAGAUCUAGGGAACCGUAAAUUAGGAGGGUACAUGAGAGUCACCCUGGACGUACAUCGUUCCGUCAACAUGAUCCUUAUAGCUUGA